AUGCAGUUCAAGAACCUCGGUCUCCUCGUCGCCGUCAUCCUCCCGUUCCUCACCGUGGCCGUAGCGAAUCCCGCGCCUGCCAUCGGCUCGUACUACUACAUGGACUAUGAGGAGGACGUCCCCGCCAGCCAGCCCACUGCUCGCGCCAUCUGA